AUGGAUAAACAGAAAUCUAAUAUAUAACAGCAUAUUUCAAAAAAUCCUUUUAAAGAAACUAAUGAUCUAAAAUAUGGAUCUGUAAUUUACAUAGAAUUGUAGGAUUAAUCUGAUUUAGAUGAUAAAGAAAAGUUCUUAUGUUCUGAUGGAUUUGUAAUUAAAUAUAUUUUUGCGCACUCUAUAAGGCAUUCAUCUAUCGAUUUUUCAAAUGGGUUAUUUGUGGUCAUGCCUGCUUAUAAUUAAGAUUUGCUUAAUAAACUUUCUGAACUAAAUUUAAAUAAGUUAAAGCUGAAAAAUGUUCAAGGAGAUAGUGAUGCUUUAAUCAGUUUCAUAGAAAAUCUAGAAUACGAAAUUAGACUUGAAAUGGAAAAAUUUAAUAAAUUAAAGGGUUCGCCUAUUUUUUAUGGUUAACCAUUUAUGCUAUAGCAUUAACUAAGCUCCAGAUAUUUAUCUUUUAAACCAGUUUCUUAGCAUAUUUUUUAUCAAGAAAAUACAUUAUCAGUUGAAGUUAAAGAUAUACCUUCAGAAAAUUCAUUGUUUUAUAUUUAGCCUGCUCAUUAAUAUCAAAGCGAGAUUACUAAGAAAAUUAACUACGGAGAUGAAAUCAUAUUGAAGUGCAAUUUUGAUGAAAAACAAGCAUCACUUUUUUGGAGUUAAUCCAUAACUGAUGAUGACUUAUCAUAAACAAGUGAACAAAGUUUAGAUAAUUUACACUAUAAACAAAAAAUUAACGAUGUUAUUAUGUCUUAUGAGCACUCUACUAUCAUUAAAUUUUAGAGAUAUACUGACUCAUAAAUCCUUAAAGAAAAAUAUAUUUUUUAUAGCGAUAUAGUUUGGCUUUAUUAAUAUGAAAUCGACGGAUAUCUAACCUAUGAAUGUCUAUUUGAGGAUUUUGAAUAAUUUUACAUAAAAAAUAUUAUGGAUCGUUUAGAAACUCCAGAAAAAUUAAAAAAAAAUUAUUCUUUAAUGAAUUUUAGAGCUGAAAAAUCACCUUAGGAAGAAGGAAACAGCAUUUAUUUUGAAAAAGCAUAAGAUACUUUUCAGAAAAGUACUUUAGGAUUGUGGAAAAUAGAAAAUGUUGGAAAAAAUAAGGGAGGUAUCUUGGGUUUCGAUGAUAAAAUCAGGCUUAGAACUCUUAGGAACGGAAAAUACUUAGCUGUCAUGCCUAUAGGCAAAGAUAUUAUCAAGAAAUAAUAAUUUUCAAUAAUGAAAGAAGAAGAGUUUAUUGUAACACUUUAGUAAGAUCCUAAUGAAUGGACAGAAUUCUGUUUGGAGUACAAAGGAAAAACAAAAGAUAUAGCACCUUCUUAUAUAAAUUUUUUCAAUUUAAGAAGUAUAAAGACAGGGAAAUAUAUUAAAUCGAUAUUUGCACACGAACUUGAUGAGGAAAAUAGGAAUGGCUAUCCUUCAAUUAGAUCAGAGAAUAAUUAGAGUGAUGUAUUUCGAUUUUUUAAGGCUACUGAUAUGGAAGUUUGGGAAACUCAUUUUUUAAGAAGCUGUUUGCCAAUCAUAUAAUGUAAUGCUAAGUUUUUAAAGAAAACUAAUGAAGCUGUAAAAAUGAAGGGUGAAAAACUUUCUACUUUAGAUUCUGCUAGUAAAACUUCACUAUUAAUAUUAAAAAAGUGUUUAUAAGAAAUAAAAGUAUUUUGUACUAAUGAUUAAAAUUUUAACAACUCUGAUCUUAGGUAGAGUGUUCUCCCAAAUAAAAAUAUAUUAAAUAAUCCGAUUUCUUUCAGAUAAAGAUUACUAAAAGAAUAAGGAUUCAUUAAGCUUCUCACAAAUAUCCUUGAGGAAUUAUUUAUUAAAACUGAUUCAGAAUUAAGGAGUAUUUAUUAAAGUAAACAUGAAAAGGGUACUAAGCUAUAGAAAAAAUAAAAUACUUUGACAAUUGAUGGAAUUCUUAGUAGACCAUCAGUUCUGAAUUAAAAAUGCAGUGAUGGGAGUAAAUUACAAGCUCAAGAGGCCAACAUAAUCAAGAAUAAAAAAUUGUUUAAAGAAUUAUGCCAACUAUGUUACAGUUGUAUUACAUUAAUAUGCAAGGAUAACCAUAUAAAUUAAUAAGAAGCAUACAGAUAUUUUAACAUUUAUGCAAGUCAUAUUGGGUUAGAAUUUGGUGCUGAAAGGUGUAUGAGGUACAUUCUUAAUGGAAAUGAGUAGCUUCUUUUAUAAUUGCAUAAAGAUACAGUAGUCUCUCACUGUGAUGAAAAUAAUCCUAAUCAUCCUCACUUUUCCUAAUUUAAUUAGCUGCCUUAACUUAUUAAAGAUAAAGAUAACGGAUCUUUUUCUCCAACUAAAGCCUUACCAAGAAUACUAUAACUGGCUUUAAACAGAGGCAAAUCCUCUAGAUCAAACAAAAAUCAUAGAUUUAGCAUGAUAAGAUAAUUAUCUAGCAAAAAAGUUAAUAUGCCUAUAAACAGUCUUGUUAGUUAAAAGACAAUAGUACAUUUCUUCAUGGAAAAAUACUCUGUAAUUGGAUUGAUGACUGAAAAUAAAUACUAUUUUACUGAAAUGCUGAAUUUUUUAAAUACUAUCACGAAAUCCAAUAAAAGUGGUAUUACCAUAAAUUAGAUGCUUAUUUCAAAUCUGGUUGAAAAAUGUAAAGACGAAAGAUCAGAAAGAGAAUAAUUUAUUAUACCUAUUGAAUUGCGUGAUUAAGGUGAGCUGUUUCUUUAAAUUUACGGUGAAAAGGGAUUUUAAUACAAAGAGCUUAGUGAAGUUUUAGUUGACUACGAUCUUAAAAAAGAUGCUUAAUUUAUUUAAUUUUUAAAAAUUUAAAUAAAUUUAUAUUCUAAUUUAUGUUAUGGAAGAAAUUACUAUGCCAAAAGAAUGUUAAAGGAGCUAUUUCCUACUUCUUCCCUUUUAAAAUAUAUUUUAAGUUAUUAAAGCUAAGAAAGCUUAAACAGUCAGAAUGAAAAAUAAUUAAAAUAAGCGAGGUCAUUUGGUAAUAUUUCUGUUGAUAAUAUGGAAUUAGUGAAUAGUCUUAUAGCUGAGUUUAUUAAUUUACUUCUUAGACUCCAUGUUGAUUCCAAACCUCGUAAUCAAAGGUCUUGUCCUAAUUUAGUUUAUAAAACUUAAUUUAUUACUCUCCAAAAUUCUUCUGAUGAUAAUAUGAAAGAGUUUAAUAAAAAUUAUCCUAUGGUUAACUCAAUUUAAAAUGAAAACUAAUCUCAAAAAGAUUAAGCAUUUAAAUUUAAAUAAAAUAUUUCAACAAAAAAUGUGAUUUAGAUAUAUCCUUAAUUGAAUAAUACAAUAGAUUAAUUAAAUUAACUUGAUAAUUCUAAGCUAAUUUCAAUCAACAAUAAUACAUUCCUUAAUAAUGAAACUCCUCAAAAUAUUUUAAAGUCACUUUCAAUCAAAGAUAAUGAUAGAGAAGAUUUAAAGGACUCUAUUAAAAAGUAAAACACACAUAUAGAGAUGACAGAUUUUUCAAAUUACCUUUAAAAAGCAGCUUUUAACUUAAAAGAUGAUAUUUUAAAUGAAGAAGAUUCAGUAUCACCCGAAGAAAUGAAAUAAAUCAAAUAAUAUUUGAUUGAUUAUUUUUUAAAGAUAGAAAUCAAACAAUUCAGGAAAUAAGGUUUGAAUACAUUGCUCUAUUCCAAUAUCAAAAUUUUAAGAAAGUUAUUGAGUUUCGAAGUUUUUAAAAUUGAAAGAAAAAUGAAUUUGUUAAAUUAAAAAUCUCGUUUUGGAUUAGAUAUUUUGAGCAAGUUGAAAAACAACUUUAGUAAAGACGACAAAGUUAUUGAUAUAGAUCCAAUUAAAAAAAGUGUCUCAAAAGAUUUUAGCAAUAGUUAAAAGAGUUAAAGUGAGAAGUUAUCUUCAGAUUUUAGCUAAUUAGUGGGUUAAUUAAUGAAUAUUUUAGAAUAUUCAAUUUAAUCUAAUUUAACUAUGAAGCAAUCUAAAAAAAAAGAUUCGUAUAAAGCAUCAUAAAAAGAUAGAAAUGGAGAAUAUAUUAUUAAUGUCAUGCAAACACUGUUUGAAGAAGUAAAAGAAAAAAAGAAGAAGAGAGAUCUAUAUAGAAAUAAAUACUCAAAUUUUUAACAAAUAAAUAACCAAUAUAUAACCUAAUUGUAACUAAAUCGUCUCAAAUCUAGCUUACUUUCAUUAAAAUAAAACAAAAAAAAUGUUGAUACUAAUGUAAACAAUAAUUAAGAUGAUUAAUAUAAUGAAGAGAUUAUACAAGAAGACCUCGAAAAUGAAUUAGAGGAUGAAUUGUAUUAAUUCUAAGAAAAACAUAUUGAAAUAAAAAUUAGAAAAGAAAUAGUUAAAUUUUUAUUACAAUAUUAUUCAUUUGAUUAAGAAAAAUAUUUAUAAAAUAUAUUAAAUGCAAUGAUAAACUAGUAACAAUCACCAAAAAAAAUAGAAGAAUUCGUGUUAUAGCAAUUUCCUAGGUAAAGUUUAGAAGACUACUUGCAGAGCACCAGCAAUAAAUCUAGUUAAAGUGAUUUUGAAAAGCAAAUCACAAUACAAGAAAAUAGUAAUACCAAUUCAGAAAAAGAUGAAAGAAUGCAGAAGCCCUUGAUAGUUAUGAUUCUGACUUAAAUACUUGAAACAAAUGACUAUAAUCAUUCAUUUUAUUGUUUAAAAUUGCUACAUUAUCACUUAAAUUAAAAAUAAAUCAUAUCUAAAUCGCUAAGAAAAGUACUUUUGAUAUCUAAUGAGUAAGAUGCUAUGGCUUAUGAGCUGCUUAAAAAAUUUGGCAAUAAUUUAAAACUUUUUAGUGAUACAAGUGAAAUUUGGUUACACUCACCUGAAGAAUUUAAUAAAAUAGACUAUGAGUAUUAUUAUAUGGGUUAAGAGUACAUUAAGUCUGUUCAUUGCCUAUCAAAUUUAUUGGACGAAGAUGUAUCUUUUGAAGAAAUAGAUACCUCUUUUUAGUUUAAAAAGCCUUCUUUAAAUAGAUAAAUGAUGAUGGAAAAAUUGCAAAUUCAUGAAACAUUGAUAGUGUUCUUGAAAACAAAUUUCUUUUAUAUUGAAAAUAAUAAAGGAUUUAUUGAAUAAAAAGAUAUAAACACCCCUAGAGAUGAUUAAGACAACUUAAAAUUAAAAAAUGAUUAUUUUUUAGCUCUUUUCUCACUUACUUUUAGACUUCUCCGUCUAUUUUGUUAAGAUAAUAUCUAAGGUAAAAAAUCCUUGUUUAAGCAUAUAAAUACCUUUCUUUAGUAUGUCUUUCAAAUAGAAGUUGGCUAGCUUCCUUUAAUUGUAGAAAUCUAUAAAGAAAAUACCAAAAACCUACAGAAGCUGAAUCAGCAGUUUGUAGAUGCUCUUGUUUAAAAAAUUAUUUAAGGUAAUUACCAUCCUAAAUAUGUAAUAUACAUGAUCAGUCUGGUUAAUACAGAAGAACCUCACUUGAAAAAGAAAAUUGUAGAAAUCAUUCUAAACUCUUUUAAAGAAUACUAAAAGAGUUUACAAGCUGCUCUUUGUAUGAGAGAAAAGUUAGAAAUUGUUGAAAAUGAGGAGGCCAGUGAUGGGUUUGUUGACACUUAAAUGAAAAACACAGUGGAUAAUGAAUUAGAUUUAAAGAUCGAUAUCAGCAAAAGAAAAUAUCCAUACCUUUACCACUCAAAGUUAUUCGAACUCUUUAAUAUUAUUUUAGAGGAAAUACCAGGAAAGAGCUAGUUUUUGAAAAACUUGUUAAGAAAAGAUUUGAAUUUUGAAUAUUUAUGGAAAAUAAUAAAGAAAAAAGAUGAUUUUACUGAAAAUGUCAAACCUAAACUAAAGUUGAAUUUAAACACUUUUUUGAAGUGCUAAGUUAUGAGAUUAAUGUAGAAUCUUUAUUUUGGUGGAUAUGACAAAUCUAAUUACAACAAAAUAGAAAAUUUUAAGGUUUUUGUUGAAAGAGAGUAGAAUAAAUUGACAAAUUACAUUUAAAGAAAAAAGAAACAAGGUAGGUUUGGAUAAGAUUCUCAGUUCAAAGUAAUUAAAACAGAAAACAAAAAAUAAAAAAAACCUAAAGAAAAUUCUGAUGAUUUUUCUGAUGAGCAAAUUAUAAGCAAAUACAACUAAAUAAUUAGAGAAUAUGACUUUAGUAUGAAAACAUAUGUCGGAUACAUAUUAGAAGAUUUAAUUCCAUUUUUAUUUAAUGCUUGCAAUAAUCAUACAGAACAAAAAGAAAAAGAUUCCAAAAUAUAUUAGCUUUUAAAUAAUUUACUCGAAUUAGUUUUUGAUCUUGAUUGGGAAACAAUAGAAAACAUCCCUAAUAUUUAAAACAUUAUUCUUAGAUUGUAUAAAACAAGCAACAAUUUUAAUGGAUUUACUAUUUUGUAAGAGAUGAAUCCUGAAGAUCCUUCAGAUCCUGUUUAAUAGCCUAAGAGGGAUUUUUAACAGCUGAUUUCUUUAUUCCAUUAAGAAUAACUAUAACCAGAUUAAAAGUACUUUAGACAAAGAAUUCAAAAAAUUAUGGAAGAAUCAAGUUUCCAAAAAUUUUAAUCAGGAAUCUCAUAAAAAUCACAUAAUAUUUUGAAAAUUACUCCUCUAUCAAAUAUUCUUAACCUAAGAAGAAGUAGUAAUGACAAUUAAGAAAGAAAAUCGUUGCUGAAUUUAAUUAUAUCUGAGAAACUUGAAUAAUCCAUUAAACAAGAAAGAUAAGAUUUUAUAGAAUUCUUAAAAAAUUUAGAUAAAUAUCCUGAAUACUUUUAAAAUAAAAAGAAGCCAUCAUAAGAAAUGAUAUGGAAAUUCUGUAGUUUUAUCAUUGAUGGCUCACAAAAAUGCUUACAAUAUAUUGAUUAAAAUUUUGAAUCACACUUAGAAUAUGAGCAAAAAAAUCUAAAAAUAAUUAUAGAAUAUAUAAAGCUUUGCAAAGAUAUCCUAUAAAGUGUAUCUGAUGAAAACGAAAAAACUAAAAUGCAAAAUAUGAUCAACAAACAAUCUUUGAUAGUUUCUUCAAUUAUGGAAUUAAUUUGCAGUAAAAAUUUUAAACUAGUUGAUUCGUAGCAUAAAUUAUUUUUCUUUGUAAUAAUUGAUUUCUUUAAUUAACUUCUUGAUGGAGGGAAUGGAGAAGUACAGCAAAGUUUUUAUGUAUUUUUCAGUCAAAACUCCUCUAGUUCUAAAUUUUUCCUUUUGAUCAAUGAAAUUAUCAAAACAGAAAUUUUAGAUACUAUUUAAGUGAAUGAAGAUUAUUUAAAAACAAUUUAGAAAGCAUUCAAAAAUAUUAAAUAUUGCUACACUAGAAAAAGUAGAUUUUUUAGUGUAAAAACUAUUUUUAGAUUUUUACAAUUGCUUUGUGAAAAUCACAACACAUCUCUCUAACUUUGGCUCAGGCAUCAAAAAAAUUCAAGGUAAAAUGUAGAUAUACUAAAGUUAAUACUUUAAUAUCUCUCUGCAGUGUUAAAAAAGAAGUAGUUGUAUCAAAAUACUCUUAAUGUUAAUAGAAAGAACAUUUCUACGAUUAUUCAAUGUUUUGACACAUUAAUAGAAAUGAUUUAAGGACCUUGUUAUGAAAAUUAAAUAGCUUUAACUGAAGAGAACUUUAUUGAGCUAGUUUAUGAUAUCCUAUCAAUGGAUGAUAGAGUAAGCUAGAAUGACAUUGAAAACUUAAACUAAGAUGAAGAUGAAUAUUUAUCACAGAAUUUCAACUAUAAUAAUUAGAGCAAUUUCAAUAGUCUAAACUAAAUAUAACAAACAUAACAGUUCUUUUACAAAUUGCAGCAAAUAGAAAAGAAAAAGAUUGAAAAAGAGCUAGUUUAAUUUUUAAAUGAAUUAAGUGAGACGUUUGCUUCUAAAUUCACAAAAUCGUUUAAAAUGCAUUAAGAUUUUGAAACCUGGAUGGUUAGUAGGGUUAAAUUUAAAUGUUUUUAAACGAUAGAAAGUAUGCUGGAAGGAAACACUAAUAAUACAAUUUUAAAGAAAAUGAUGUCUAUUAUUCCUAUUGAAUAUUUAAAGCUAAAUCUAUUAUAAGUAUAUUCCAAUUUUAAAGUAGAGCACAAAUGUCAAUAUAACAUGGAACUAUUUGAUGAAAGUUUAACUCAUAAGAUUACAGAGCUAGAACCAGAAGAUAUUAAAACACAAAAAAUAACUGUGAUAGAAAGUGGAUUUAAAAUAUUUAAUCUGAUAAGUAAAUAUGAAUAAGAAUAUUUAAGCAGUGGUGAACUAAAUUAAGAAGAGGAAGACGAUGAAGAUACUUUUAUCAAGGAUGUUUUUGGAACUUAGAGAGAGUUUUUCAAGCCUAUAUUUAGAGGAAUAAAACGACUAUUUUUGCAGAAUAUUUUAAGAGAAAACGAAACAUCUUUUAGAAGGAAUGUAGAACUGUCUUAAGAACUUAAUUAAUAGGCUCUUGAUUUUUUCAAAAAGUAUGUAUGUAGGAUAGAAAUUUUGAGAGAAGAAAAGCUUUAUCCUGUUUAUUUUCCUAAACUACCAUACUGUGAGUACUUAACAGACACCACAAAAGAUUAGUUUCAAGAAAAAGUUAAUAGAAUGUCUAUCAAUUCUAAGCUUAGAGAUUUGAUGUAAUACAGUGAUGAUAUAUUAGAUUAGCUACAAAACGAAUACAGUAUGAUGAAAUAGUAUGAAAAACUCUUUUUAUUUAUUUACGUUGCUAAAAAUUUUGAGUUCUUUCAAAACAUAUCAUUUUACUUGGCAUUGACUCAAAAUAUUUUGAUUCUAAUAACUGUUUAAGACCAUUCCUUUUAAAUAGAUAGUGGUGUCACUGAUGGCUCAAAUUAGAUUAGCAACAAAAUACUAUUUGCUUGCUAGAUUGCUUAAGUUGCUUUAGGAGGAAUGCUUGCUAUCUUCUUUACAUUUAAAGUCAUUAUGCUCAAAUUUAAAAAGGCAAAAAAACACCUUAAAGAAACUGAAGGGAUUAGAGCAUAAAAAAAUUGGUUAUAAGUUUAUCUUUACAAACUGUAUAUUUAUUCUAAGUUUAUCUUCAUAGAUUUUUACAUCAUAUAUUAUCUUUGCUAAUCUAUGCUGGCUAUUUUAGGUAUAUUUAAUCCAAUCUUCUCUGUCGUCCUUUUAGUAGAUAUUUUCAGAAAACUACCAUCUGCUAAAUCUAUUAUUUAAUCAGUGCUAAAAACAUGGCAAUAGUUGCUAGUAAUAUUGUUUAUAUGGGUUAUUCUAACUUAUUGCUUUGCACUUGUAUACUAUUACAAUUAUUAUGAUGAAUAUUAGCCAUGUACAACGUUAGCAAAUUGUACAUUUAUGAUUUUAGAUUUAACAUUUAAAGUAAAUGCUGGUUUUCUAGGAAAUGAUUUAGGAUAAUAUUCCUCCUCAAGUUGGAGUCCUAGCAUUAAAAUUUUAGUGGAUUUCUUGUAUGCUUUUGUAAUAACAGUUUUGAUCUUAUAAAUUAUUUAAGGUUUAAUUAUUGAUACAUUUGCUCUUAUUCGUGAAGAAUAAGAGGAGAGAGUGAGAGAAAUGGAAACUUACUGCUUUAUAUGUGGAAGAGACAGAGAAUCAUUAGAUAAAUAGGGAGAUAACGCAUUUCAAGGAUUUGAUUUUCAUGUUAAAAAUCAGCAUAAUCAAUGGUGUUAUAUCUUUUACAUAGCUUACAUAUAAAACAAGCCACCUACUGAGUGCACAGGUCUUGAAAGUUAUGUAAGAUGGUGUGUUAGCAACGAAGAAACUAAAAUACAGUGGUUCCCUGUUAGCAGAGCUAACAUAGAAGGAUCACAUAUAGGCAUUUAAAAUGUAAAUAAUCUACUUAGAUAAACUAUAUUAAUUAUUUUUUAUAAUUAUAUUAACUUGAAGGAGGAAAAGGAGAAAAUGCUUGAAAAAAAAUUAGAAAAAAUUUCAAAUCAAAUUACAAUAAUAAAUAAUAAAUUAGAAAAUAUAAAUGCAUGA